GAUGCCCUUGGUGCCAGUGGAUGCUUUGCUUCUCAGUGGCUCUAUGGGCCUCACAGCCGCAGCAGCCAGCCUGCUGCCGGUCGCGGGCUUCGAUGGGCACCAGCUGGUGCGGAGUGCCUUUGGGGUGCCCGCGGCGGGGCUGCUGGAACUGGUGAGUCUUGGCGCGCUGUGCCUGGAGGUUGGCCGCGACGACGUCCGCGGCGCCUUUGCGAGCGAGGUGGUGCUCAUCUUCAUGGUGCAGCUGCUUCUGCUGGGCCGCCGCACCGACGAGGCGAUGCCGCCUCAGGACAACGUGACUCCGGUGGGCCUUGAGCGACAGCUUCUGGCGUUUGGCCUGCUGGCCACGAGCGCCGCGAUCCUUCUCCCUGAAGAGGGCUGGCAAUACGUCGGCAAGCUGCUAGACUUGAACCUGUGAGGUGCGUGCAUGUUCGCACCUUGCAGGAGCAGCCUUUGAGUGCUUGCCACUUGCCCGGUCGGAAUGGCGACAUUGUUUACUACGCUGGAAUCAAGUUGGUUGAGUUGUCCCCUGCAGG